AAACAAGAUAUGAAUUAAGUGGAUUUCCACACACACUCGUGCAAACAUGAUCAAAAGAGUCAUCAUCACACACACGUCCCUCCACGUAUGAUGCAGACAGACAGGCAGGGGCAGGGAGACAGCUAGCUGCGCCGGCUAAAUUACACGCGCAGGCAACGAGCCGCCACUCCCCCAUCCAUCCAUCCAUCAGCCAUCUGUACGUAAGAAGCAUCGUUCGUCCGUCACACCUUGAUUGACUUGACCCCACAAACAACACAACACACCACACCACACGACACGCACAGACGCAGGGGAGGUAGCAAAAGAGGAGGGAAAAGGGCGGCAGAAGAGAAGAGAAGAGAGCCAAGAAAGAAAGGAGGAAAGAGAAACCACACCACCAUCCCUCACUCCCUCCGGCUUCCCCUGCCCGCCUGGGCGGCCCCUGCCUGCCUCCUUCUACCUAGUCAGUCAAUGAAUGCAGCCAGCCAGCCAAAAGGGGGUGGGCCGGCCAUACGUAUUCACACCCAGUCAGCUACCUUCGACAACCACAACCAACUACUGCACCAUGCCAUGCGGGGCCCCACCAGCUCACCUUCUGCCCCACCCAUCCCAUUCCCCCAUGUACGAGUCACUCACUCAUCCACUGCUUCACUUCACGCAGCGCCCUGGCCGCAACAUCUGCCGGCAAUGCCCUGGAUGCCGGGCCCGCCCUCGCCCGACGGGCGCAACAGCUUCAGGCCCUGUGCUCGGCCUGACGCCUGCCGACUCGCCGCAGCACCGGCCGACUCUCUGGACACACCAUGACAUGACAACCGACGGAGGGCGUGCUGGUGUGGCUGGCUGGCUUCCAAGGUUGCGGCCAUGUGUCCGUGUCCGUACCUGAGAUGGAUGAGCUCGCGGCCCAUCAUGACGAAGGCCUGACGACACAAAGGAAGGAAGCACAGGGAGGGCAAUGCAUUGGUGUGUGGUCCGGCUCGCUGCACGAGCUGACUUGGCUUUGCAUGGAAGUACCUGUUCUACGUUUGUGGCGUCCUUUGCCGACGCCUCGAUAAACCCGAUGCCCAGCUCCUCGGCCUUCUUCUGCACAGCGCAUGGACACAGCAAUGAUGGCUUGGCGGGUCGUUCGUUUCGUUCUUGCGAUCGUUGGCAUGUCGCAUGAGUGGUGGUGGCUGACCUUGGCCUCUUCUGACGGGACGGCUUUCUCUGAGCUGAGGUCGGACUUGUUGCCCACCAGGAUCUUGCAGGUGCUCUCGUUGGCAUACCUGAAGGAAGGAAGGGACCGACCACACACAAACCACAACACACAAAUCCAAUCAUGGGUCAAGCAAAGGGAAACAUGGGGUGCGGUGUGGAUGUGGGUGUGUCUGUGUACCGAUUGACUUCGCUCAGCCAGUCGUCAAUGUGGGCGAAGCUAUCCUGAGGAGAAGGGAGAGCAGGGCAGGGCCACCACACAGAGCAGCGUACAUGUGCAUGAAGGGCACCAGAUCUGCGUGCAAAUCUCUGCCGCCUGUCUGGCUGCUCGCGUCCUAGUUCAUCCACCCACCGCACUGACCCUGUCCGUGGUGUCGUAGACCAUGACGAUGCCGUCGGCCCCCCGGUAGUAGGCACUCGUGAUGGUCCGAAACCGCUCCUGACCCGCCGUGUCCCACUGAUCACACAAGGCACGAUGCACCAAGGCACAGUCACACACAAAGCAGGCAGGAAAUGCGAAGCGAAUGGUGUUCCGAAUUGGUAUGCGUGUCUGGUGGCAGCUGGCUUACGAUUUGCAGUUUGAUGACCUUCUGGUCGACCGUGAUGGUGCGGAACCUGAAGUCCACACCGAUGGUCGUGAUGUAGCUGUCCGUGAAGGCGUCAUCCUGAGCAACAACACACACAUACACAUCUUAGGCUCAUGUGGUCAGCUUGUGCGCAUGGCUGCCCCUGGUUUGUUUCGUGCUGCCUCCCUGCAGCUCGCUCACCGCAAACCGCAGCAGCAGGCAGGACUUGCCCACGCCUGAAUCCCCUAUCAAAACGAGCUUAAACAGGUAGUCGCUGGACACACAACAGUAACACACGGUGAUGCCACAGGGAUGCCCUUAAGCUCGUGCCUGCCCCACCAGCCAGCACUUACUAAUCUCGUGCGCGCGAAGCCAUCGUGUCAGAUCAAAUCACCCUCACGCAAGCCAUACGCAGGCCUACCGACUUGUCUUGCUUGCGAGAGAUGGCAACGAACGCGAACUCAACGCGAA